UAUAUUUUGCAUACUGUUGGCAAUACUAACGUAGAGAAGCGAAGUACGGGCGUUUAUGAAAAUAUUUUACUAUUUGCUUUCAAUUUAAAAAAAAUAUAUCUCCAACAAUUAUGUCGGACGACUGGCAAAGUCAGCAGUUUCGCCAAAGUGCCAUUGCGAAGAUAAAAGACCUGCUGCAAGCAUCUGGCCAGCAUCUUGAUAAAAAUGCCAAUGUUAUGGAGAAUCAUAUAUUUAAGAAAUCUAAAAGUAAGGAAGAAUAUAUGACCCUGUUAACAAAAAUAUAUUCGCAUUUUAAGGAGAAUUCAAGGAAAUUGACUAAUGAAAUAUCUCAACAAAAUAUGAUGCAAGAUCCUCUAAAUGCUUUGCAAAAUUUGGCGAGCCAGGGUAAUCGUAAUCCGCAAAUGAUGUCCAUGGGUGGAGGUCCAGGAGGGCCGGUAACUGCUUCUAAUUUGCUGCAAAGUCUUAACCAACAACGACCAGGACAGCAACAAAUGCAGCAAAUGCAGGGCAUGCGGCCUCAAAUGCCUAUGGGCGGCGGUGUACCUGGUCAACAACAAAAUGUGGUGGGCGGCCCUAGUAGCCAACAACAAAUGAUGAAUCAAAUGGUUGGACCAGGUGGUUUGCAAAUGAAUAUUAUGGGAGGGCCAGGCGGACCUCAACAAAAUCAAAUGGUUGGCAAUGCCCAGCAAAUGACUGCAGGCGGUAGUGGUCCCGGUGUUGGUCAAGGGCUAGGACCAGGGCAGAUGAAUCAAAUGGUCGGCCCGGGAUCUGGGGGACCAAUGGGUUCGGGCGCCGGUGGACCAAAUCAAAUGCAGAUGCAAGCAGCGGCCGGACAAAUGCAAGGCGGACCUAUGAAUGUUCACGGGAUGAAUGUGCAACAGUUACCCGGACAAAUGCCGCAACAACAAAUGCAACAGAUGAGCAUGCAACAACACUCUCAGCUUAAUCAAAUGAUGAAUGCUCGAAUGAACCAGACCGGCCCCGGUGGAAAUAUAACGGUUGGUGCAGGACCUACCGGUGGUGCUGCUCAAGGCAUGCAAGGACUACCUGGUAAUUUGCAACAGAACCAAGGGGCAGGAGCAGUAAGCCAAAUGCAUUCUGGCAACGUAAGCGGCGGACCACAAGUUCCUUCAAGUGCUAUGGGCAAUAAUGCAGGACAAGGCAACCUCAAUCAAAUGUUAAACAUGCCGCCUGGCAUGCAGAAAAAUCCCAAUAUGCCCCUAACUCAAAACAAUCAGAUGUUUAACGUUAACCGAGGCGUGGUAGGACAACAACAAUUUCUUCGGCAAAGUCCAUCACCUAGUACGGUUUCUUCACCGGCAGGUGGGCUUACCGUGCAGCAGCAGCAACAACAGCAACAACUGCAACAAGUUGUUAACAAUCAACAGCAAUUACAGCAACAACAGCAGCAACAAGCCAACCAAACUGGAGGACCUCAAUCUAAUCAGGCGUUGCCGAACGCGCAAAUGAUACCCAGCCCCGCUUUAGUACCAACCUCAAGUCCCCAAAUGUCUGGUCUAAUGCAAAAUCCCAAUCAAAGACAGAUGCGACAAUCGCCCAGUUCUAAUCUAAAUACUCCUGGCCAAGUAGCUAACAGUCCUUUCAAUCCGCACGAAGAACAAUUAUAUCGAGAAAAGUACAAACAGCUCACUAAAUAUAUUGAACCUCUCAAGAGAAUGGUGGCGAAAUUUAGCAACGAUGGUGCUCAGAUCGAAGGCCAAACAAAAAUGCGUAAACUUUUAGAAAUCUUAUCGAAUCCGUCGCAGAGAGUGUCCUUGGAAACUCUACUUAAGUGUGAAAAGGUUUUGGAAAAAAUGGAAAUUGGCAAUAUAGUGCAACAAUUUGGCAAAUCGCCCAAUCCCCUAAUGGAAGUGAUAACCAAUACAUUGCAAAGUCCUAUAGCUAAUCACACCCUAUAUCGCACGUUCCGUCCAACUCUGGAAUUACUGCUUGGUACGGAUAUUUCUGCACCACCACCACUCAAAAAGUCAAAAACAACAAAUUCAAAUGAAACAGAAAUACCGCACUUACUGCAAGGAGAAUUAGCACGUUUGGAUACCAAAUUUAAAGUUUCGUUGGAUACUACCGUGCAGAAUAAUACUCAAUCGAUUAAACUGAUAUGCUGUUUGGAUGACAAAAAGUUACCUAGCGUGCCACCUAUAAAUAUCAACAUACCAGAGGAAUAUCCUUUGUCUUCGCCGGAUUGUAUUUUGAUCGAGCAGGACUACACUUGUACAUCGUUCUUGAAGUCCGUGCAAAGCGCAUUCACAGCUCGAAUAGCUAAACUGCCCAAACUCUAUUCUUUGUCGCAUCUGUUGAAUACAUGGGAAAUGUCGGUACGGCAAGCUUGUUCGCCCAAUGCUAGCAAACCUAUUUGCGAACUAACCGCUCUCUUCGGCAUGUAAAUUAGCUGACUACAAAUAA